UAAUAAUUAAGUUUCAGAAUGACACACUCAUAUAAUUUAAUGCUCAUAUAAGCACAUGUACAAAGUACAAGAUUCAGUAGGAACGAUUACGUUGAAAUAAUUAUUACAUAAACUGAGUACUCAAAAUAAAUAUUAGUUUAAGUUGUCUUGAGCUGAAAUCAAAAUGGAAAAAACAUACUUGGUUCAGUACUUCUCGUGAUUGUGAUAUUCGUGAAGUACAUGUGGUACAUUCCUCCUCUGCUGUACACUAUGAUUGGAUCAAUUGUUGUAUUCUAUUCCCUUGGCAUUGCUGGUGUAUGUGGUGUGCUAAACAUAGGGUUCAACAUCCUUGCUUUAGUGCUGGCAACAGCUUUUGCUGUGGCGGCUAUAGUUUGCGGCUACAUGUUACCGAAAUUUAAUGGAAAACUCGAGAUAUCUUUAAUGGUGAUAGCUGGUGUAUUUCUGUUGUGUGCUGUCGUCUUUAUUUUCCUACGGUCCUACAGUAUGAUAUUUGCCUUAUUGUCUGGACUAUUCUUCAGCAUUGCAAUGUUCAUUAUAUUAGUGCUCAUGGGCAAUGAUCUGGGUUCUUCCCCUAAAUCGAGAUCAGGUUUCAAUUCACCAUUAUUUCAAGGCUUUUGCGUUUGGUUUGGAAUAAUAUUUCUUUAUAUUGCAAUGUCCCUUGUGCUUCAGUGGACAGAUUCGACAGUGAAGUGUGAAGAAACAUCCAUGUCUGGUGCAUUUUUAAAGUUUACCCAUAAGGAGAUAAAAAUGGAGCACACAUAG